CGGAGCGCAGCGGAGCGGGGCGGAGAGGAGCGGAGAGGCGGCGCCGCCACCGCCGUGCGCGGCCCCGGCACCUGCCCGAGCUGGAACACUCACAGCUUUCUCUAGAGGAUUGUAAGUUUUGAUAUUCAGAAGACUGAAGGAUGCCAUCUGAGAGGUGCCUGAGUGUUCAGGAAAUGCUGACAGGUCAGAGGCUUUGUCAGUCUAGCUCCCACAACGAUGCUGUCCUGGCAGCUCUGAACCAACAAAGAAGUGAUGGCAUUCUUUGUGAUAUUACCCUUAUUGCUGAAGAGCAGAAAUUCCAUGCACACAAAGCAGUCCUGGCAGCCUGCAGUGACUACUUCCGAGCAAUGUUCAGUCUCUGCAUGGUUGAGAGUGAAGCUGAUGAGGUGAAUUUACAUGGUGUCACAAGCCUUGGUUUAAAACAAGCCCUGGACUUUGCAUAUACUGGACAGAUCCUCUUGGAACCAGGGGUGAUACAGGACGUCCUAGCAGCUGGGAGUCAUUUGCAGCUGCUGGAGCUUCUCAGUUUAUGUUCUCACUAUCUCAUUGAGGAAUUAAAUAGUUUUAAUUACUUGGACCUGUACAAGCUUGCGGAUCUUUUCAACCUCACUUUGUUGGAGAAUGCAGUCAUUGGCUUCUUAGUAAAACAUCUCUCUGAGCUAUUGAAGAGCCAUCCUGAAGAAGUUCUGGCACUCCCGUACUGCCUUCUUCGAGAGGUUUUUAAAAGCGAUCGACUCACUUCACUCAGUGAAGAACAAAUCUGGCAGCUGGCUGUGAGGUGGUUGGAGCACAACUGCCGCUACCAGUAUCUGGAUGAGCUUCUCCAGUACGUCCGCUUUGGCCUUAUGGAUGUGGAUACACUGCACACUGUAGCUCUCACCCAUCCUCUUGUGCAAGCCAGUGAAACUGCGACCGCGCUCAUUAACGAGGCCUUGGCGUACCACCAGAGCGUCUACGCACAGCCCGUUUGGCAAACUGCAAGGACAAAGCCCCGCUUCCAGUCAGACACUCUUUAUAUCAUUGGCGGGAAAAAACGAGAAGUCUGCAAAGUGAAGGAAUUGCGAUACUUCAACCCGGUAGACCAGGAAAAUGUCCACAUCGCGGGCAUCGCCAACUGGAGCGAGCUGGCACCCAUGCCUGUGGGGAGGAGCCACCACUGCGUGGCUGUCAUGGGAGACUUCCUUUUUGUGGCUGGCGGAGAGGUGGAGCACUCCACGGGGCGCACGUGUGCCGUGAGGACUGUCUGUCGCUACGACCCCCGCACCAACUCCUGGGCGGAGAUAGCUCCCAUGAAGAACUGCCGGGAGCACUUUGUGCUGGGAGCCGUGGACGAGUACCUCUAUGCCGUAGGGGGCAGGAACGAACUGCGCCAAGUGCUGCCCACGGUCGAGCGCUACUGCCCCAAGAAGAACAAGUGGACCUUUGUACAGUCCUUUGAUCGGUCGCUCUCGUGCCACGCGGGAUAUGUGGUGGAUGGUCUUCUUUGGAUAUCAGGAGGAGUUACAAAUACUGCACAAUAUCAAAAUAGACUCAUGGUCUAUGAUCCUAAGCAGAACAAGUGGCUGAGCCGCAGCCCGAUGCUGCAGAGGAGGGUCUAUCACUCCAUGGCCGCCGUGCAGAGGAAGCUCUACGUGCUGGGGGGGAACGACCUCGACUACAACAACGAUCGCAUCCUGGUGCGCCACAUCGACUCCUACAGCAUCGACACCGACCAGUGGACCCGCUGCAGCUUCAACAUGCUGACAGGUCAAAAUGAGUCUGGAGUUGCUGUCCACAAUGGCAGAAUAUAUUUAGUUGGUGGCUAUUCGAUUUGGACAAAUGAGCCUUUGGCAUGUAUCCAGGUGCUGGAUGUUAGCAAGGAGGGGAAGGAAGAGGUGUUCUAUGGGCCUACGCUCCCCUUUGCUUCCAAUGGAAUAGCAGCCUGCUUUCUUCCAGCUCCUUAUUUCACAUGCCCCAACCUCCAGACUCUGCAAGUGCCUCACCACAGGAUCGGCACGAUGUGACGCAUUCCUCGCGCUUCACGGAAUCGGAAGUGGAGCAGGAAAGCAUCAAACCCCACAGGGUUUGACAGAAGGGUUUCCCUGGGUCAGUGAGAAGAGUCAAUCCACUCGGGCUGCUGCUUUACCAUCACACAUUUGUCUUAAGGCCAGAUCCCAGCGGGCAGGCAGGGACCCCCAAAGGCCGCGCGCGGUUUCU